AUCCGUCCUUGUACUUUCUUUUUCUUGGUUCACAAAAGUUGAAAGCUACAAACUAGGCUGUCCCUUUCUCAACCCAUACAUACAUCUAACAUAAACCCUAAAAAUGGAAAAUAAUAACUCAUGAGAUUUUAAAAAAUAAAAAUAGAAACACUGAGGUGAAGUUAAGAAUUUUUAGAACCCAACAAAUCUCUCUCCUUUUUCUGCCUUCAUUGGAGCUCCACUCACUCCCCCUUAUCUAUCUCCCUCAACAAAACAAAGCCAACAGGUACAGAGCUCAGGGAUUCUUUCUGCCUAACCUACACGACCUAAAGCUUUUACUGUCUACUUUAUUGGCCUGUAAAUUUGUAAUGCAAUCCUUGUCAGUGAAUGAGUGGCUGGAAAGAGCAAACCGUUCUUCCUUUGCUGUAAUUGUCUGCCGGUACUGACUCCAUUUCAUAGUGGAAAGAGAAGCUUAAAAGAUUUGGGGAGAUCAGGUGCGUGGUCGGGUAGAAGAAAUCUAGAAGUGAUUGUUUGUAUGGACUGGCACUUGAAAGCACCUUCUUGGGAUUUCACAGAAUUAGAACAAGAAGCCUUUCCCAACACAGAAACAGUAGGUGGUUCAAGUAGUUUUGGAUAUCAAAGUACCAAUGAAGGAGAUUUUUCAGUUGAUUUGAAGCUUGGUCAGUUGGGUAAUUCAGCCAAUGAGCCAGUAGUUAAUAAAUGGAAGGAGCCUGGAGUCUCAAAAAUGUCAUCAUCACCUUCCGGAUCAUCAAAGAGGGCCAGAGCAACUAACAAUGGUAGUAAUCACCCAGUGUCAUGUCUUGUUGAUGGCUGCACUUCAGACCUUAGUAAUUGUAGGGACUACCAUAGGCGCCACAAGGUGUGUGAGCUCCAUUCCAAGACUCCCCAAGUAACCAUUUGUGGCCAGAAGCAAAGGUUCUGCCAGCAGUGCAGCAGGUUCCAUUCACUGGAGGAAUUUGAUGAAGGAAAGAGAAGCUGCAGAAAACGUCUUGAUGGACAUAAUCGGAGGCGAAGAAAGCCUCAACCUGAACCCCUGUCUCGAUCUGGGAACUUCUUGUCCAAUUACCAAGGCACCCAGUUGAUGCCAUUCUCCAGUUCACACGUAUAUCCCUCCACUAACAUGGUGAGCCCUGCCUGGGCUGGAGUUCUCAAUACUGCUGCAGAUGCUAGGCUUCAUAACCAGCAGCAACAGUUACAGUUACUGGAUAAAGAAAAACUAUUUCUUGGAUCAUCCCCUAGUACUAGCAGCACCAAUUAUAUGGGAGGGAAGCAACUCUCGUUCUUGCAGGGCGGCAGCACCAUACUCAACAACCAAUCGUCUCUUGAAGCACCUGAAUGCCAGCCGCUUCUGAGGACCAUUGCUUUAUCGGAAAGUGGUGGAGCUAGGAGCAAAAUGUAUGGUGACAGGUUAACAACUCGAGUCCAUGACUCAGAUUGUGCUCUCUCUCUUCUGUCAUCGCCUCAAUCACAGUCGUCUGGCCUUGCUUUGGGCCACAUGGUGCAUCCCAAUUCAGUCUCCCUGGUGCAGCCCUUAGACUCAAGCUUAAAUGGUAACAACUUAGAGCCUAUGGAAUCAGUUCUGAUUUCCAAUGGCAGUGACAGUAACAUCCAUUGCCAGGGAAUGUUUCAUAUGGCGUCUGAGGAAUCACCAGCAAACGAAACCCCUCAAACAUUUCCCUUUCAUUGGGAGUAAAAAAAACUGCCACUUGGAAUUUACCAAGCUGCAUUAUGUUUCUGGAUUCUUUUGUUGACAAUGGAUUGGAUUUCUUUCCUUUCUGAGGUAAGAUGCUUGUUUAUUAAAUCUCCUUGAUCGGUGACUUCAUUAUACUAUCCUCAUGUUUAUGGGACUGACUACUAUCGUUCUGCGCUUGAUUUUGUAAUGGUUGUAAGGAAUAUUCAAGUUUCUUUUCUUAUCUUUUCCUUUUUCCAGUGUUUUGUCGCCCAUGACAGAAACAUAUUCGAUAAAAUUCUGCUCUUUUCAUA